UUAUUUUUUUAAACACCGCGUUUGCUUCACGCUCCAACAGCGUCAUCCAAUAGCAGAGCCGCGAACCGACGGGUCACCGUGGGAAACAACGCCGACGAGCACCACCCGCCCCCCCGGUGCAGGAGGGGAAAGAAAGCCGCGGAGCAACGGAGAGAGGCGCGUCUGGUUCUCUCUCUCUCUCUCUUUUGUUAAAUGGCCGGAGGAGACCGGGUCGGUGACCGUCGUUCCGUUGGUUCUCGAUGCGGUCGGGACCGCAGCUAGCUCGGUGCGGCCGCGUUGAUGCAGCAGCGCGCGGCUAAAUCCACCACCGGAUCCGGGAAGACAAAAGGUGAACUGGACCCCCCCCUCCCCCCUUCCACCACCCCCCCACCGAAAAGAAAAACCUCGACCCUGAGAGCCCGCUGCCUUCACUAGCGUCCCGCGCGAGGAAUCAGCGCCCGAGAGCCAAGUGACGGCCCGGCGAGGCAGCUUCAAUCGGGAUGGCGGCCGUGGUGAACUACUCUCCGCCUUGGUGGGUGAACCUGCUCCACCGGAUGCCUCAUUUCAACAUGGAAUUCCAGCUCGUCAGCGGUGACUUCAGACCGGAGGACUCCGAGUACCAGAAGUCCAUCCUGCUGCUCGGGGCGGUGGCGGUGCUGUGCCUGGGCCUGGACCUCCUCUUCCUCCUCUUCUACUCCUUCUGGCUCUGCUGCCGGCGGCGCAAGAGCGACGACUCCUCGCACUCUCACACGCACUCGCAGCAGCCCAGCGCCGACUGCUGCUGCACCGCCUGGUGCGUCAUCAUCGCCACGCUGGUCUGCAGCGCCGGCAUCGCUGUGGGUUUCUACGGGAACGGCGAGUCGAGUGACGGGGCGGGCCGGCUGGCGUACUCCCUCCGCCACGCCAACCGCACCGUCUCCGGGGUGGAGAAGCUGGUGUCAGAUAGCGCCCUCGCCUUGAACCAGACGGUGGAGGAGAACCUGGUCCAGCUGGAGACGGCCUUCCAGGAGCAGACCGACUACGUGUCCAUUGUCCAGAAGCUGCAGGGCCAGCUGGACGAGCUGGUGAGGCUGAUGGCGGACGUCCCCUUCUGGUCCAACACGGACAUUUCCCUGGAGGACUUGGCCCACAAGACGGAGGCUUUCGAUUUCUACAGGUGGCUGGGGUACCUGAGCCUGCUGCUGUUUGACGUACUCAUUUGCCUUCUGGUGCUCUUCGGCCUGAUCCGCAACUCUAGAGGCAUUCUGAUUGGAGUGUGCCUGCUCGGUGUUCUGACUCUGGUAAUCAGCUGGGGGUCUCUCGGGCUGGAACUGGCUGCCGCUGCUUCAGCCAGCGACUUCUGCGUCUCCCCGGAUACGUACGUCACCAGGGUAACCAAGGAGAACGAUGUCAUCAACCAAGAUAUCCUGCAGUAUUACCUGAGGUGCAGCCCUGGCCAAAUUAACCCCUUCCAGCAGAGGCUCUCAGGGAGUCACAAGGCCUUGGUGGAGAUGCAGGACGACGUGGCAGAGCUGCUCAGAUCAGCAACACGUGAUUACGCCAGCACCAAGGGGAUGCUGGAGCAGAUCCAGUCCGUGCUGAACUCCACCGAGGUGGGUCUUCACCAGCUGACCGCCCUGGUCGACUGCCGCAGCCUACACAUGGACUACGUCCAGGCUCUGACCGGGCUGUGUUACGACGGGGUGGAGGGUGUCAUCUACCUGGUCCUCUUCUCCUUCGUCACCGCGCUGAUGUUCUCCUCCAUCGUGUGCAGUGUGCCGCACACAUGGCCCGGCAAGAGGACGGAUGAGGAAGACGGAGAGGACGAGUCGGGCGCCUCGCGGGGGGGCGUGCACGAUAACCUGUACCGCGUUCACAUGCCCAGCCUUUACAGCUGGGGCUCCAGCUACGGUAGCGAGGCUAGCCUGCCCGCCACGGCCCACACUGUCAGCAAUGCCCCCGUCACUGAAUACAUGAGCCAGAACGCAAACUUUCAGAACCCUCGGUGUGAGAACACCCCCCUGAUUGGCAGGGAGUCCCCUCCACCCUCUUACACCUCCAGUAUGAGAGCCAAGUACCUGGCCACCAACCGACCGGACCAGAACCGACGCUCCGUUCCCAACGACCAACUGGACCCGACUAGCCGGGCUCACCCGGCGGCCCGACCCCAGUCCUCAGUCCACUAGGGACCACAACUGCACCAGUCCAACACAGUACUGCCUAAAUCCAGUGUGCACAGCCAGUAACAAUAUCCAACUCAGCGGCCACCAGAGCGGGUCCAACUCAUUCCACCAACCGGUUCACCGCAAAACAACGCAGGAAGUCAGAACUCAUCCCCCGACUCCCUCGCCGAAGCAACCACCUCCGCUUCUCGCCCCGAAUCAUCAACAAGUUGAAGAAGCCGAAGCCCAUUCCAGAGGAUCGCAAUCUGUACUCUUGCGAGCGGUCCAAAGUCCCACAAUGCAAAGCACCACGGCUCUGGGAUGGUCUCGUUUCUUCUUCUAACUUCCAAUGAUGUCCCGCUCCAUUGGGAUCCGUGCACUCGCCCACCAAGUGAAGACAGAACCGCUCAAUCCCGUGACACAUCCGGAUCACACACACACACACACACACACACACACACACACACACACACACACACACACGCUGUACAGACCUGUAAAUAGUAAACGUGUACUCUGAUUGAGAAGUAGACCGUUAAAUCAUUACUGGUAAUGUGGUGUGCUGCGUGUUUACAAUGGAAGUAUUUAGGUGUCCCUCUCAUACAAACACACACACACACACACACACACACACACGUGUAUAGAUAAUAAGCCAGUGAAUUAGAAAGCCAUGUUUCGAUAGAAAACAUCCACACCCGCUUUAGCUUAACAUCGUCCUCUAACUAAGACUUGAACCGUGAGCUCAAAGUGUGUCUGCAUCUCUCUCUCUGUAUUUGUGCACGUGUAUUUAAAGUGCACGUGGCGCUCAGUGAACGUGAACUGAUUUUGAAUCUCGUGGAGUGGAAGCGAGAGACGAGGGCCAUAAGAAAGGGUCAACAUGUGCCAAAAAACUCUGAAUGCCCGAUUCUGUCCUCGUCUUGCGGAACGUUGUCCUCCGGCUGUAAAUGAAAAGGGAAAAGACUUGAAGAAAAAAAGAAAAGCGUGGAGAGAAACGGGAAAGGACUUCCCACUCGCCAGGUGCUACGUAAGCUGGUCGAGGUCCCAGAAGACGCUCCGCACUGGGGAGGGACAGAGACGUUGUCUUAUCAUUUCUUUAGAUGUUUUGCGUUCAUGUGAUCAGGAACAUUAAAAGCAGCAAAUACAAAACACCUCCAGUGUUUCCGAAUGACAGAAAUCCUGAAAACAAAUCUCCCUGAUGAAUAAUGAAAAAAAAAAGUGUUUCAAGAUGAAGGAAAGUGUUUUUUGGUUUCACCAUAAGCUGAAUUCAUGUGAUGUGAUACUGUGACCAAGUAGUAUUCUGUUUCUUCUUCUAUACAGUUCGAUUUUGUUAUCUGGUGACCUUUGAUUGACCUUUAACCACCAGUCUUUCUCUUUCUUUUUCUUUCUUUCUUUUUUUUUUUUUAUCCACAAGCACAAACUCUUUGAGGUGACUUUCCGAGCUGAAGAAGUAAAACACACUGCCAGUAAAACUCUGUACAGUGUUUAAAGACUAUCCGUAAACCCGCUUGUGUGUGUGUGUGUGUGAGAGACUUUGCUGCACCGUGAUUGGCUGUUGCUCUAUCUCAGUGUUACUGUGUGUGAGUACAGUACACACACACACACACACACACACACUGUUUGCCACCCUGCUCCUGUCCCGCUUCCGUUCACACCUUGAGCCGUAGUACCGGCACGCCCUCCCACGGCUGAUAACCAUUUGCAUUGUGGGUGAUUAGUAGGUAGUGUAGUAGCCACGUUUCAGAGACCAUUCCUGUACAGCAUUUUAAUAUUCUAUUAUUAAUCAAUGACCACUUCUCGUAUAAGCGAGACAAUCUUGCGUGGUGUUACUAGAGAGGCGUCCAUGUUAUGGUAACAAUGCUACCUAUGGUCUAGUACUUUACUGAGGGCCUUUUUUUGUUUUUAUUGCACCAUAAAUGCGAACAAUGUUAGGAUCUGUUGGACUAGUCACGGAUUAAUGGCCUUUCGUAAUGUUUUUAAAACUCUUACAACACUCUUCAUAUCACGUUUUUUUUUUUCUUUUUCUCUCUGUCUUGUAAAAAAAUAAAGUCAAACUUUAAAGGUAAAACAAUAGCUAGUUGUUUUUUAGGAGAACAAAGGCAAGAGCAGCGUUUUUCCUCUCUUAUUAAUGGUGAAUGACUCUCUGUCUUGCAAUGUUUUAAUAAAACUAUUCCGGUGUCGUCUGCACAGCUGACUUAAAAGUUGUAUUUGAAUUCCUGUGAGACGCUUUCUGGGGUUUAACCGAUCUGAGGCGUUCUGUCAUGGAGGGUUAAAGGAAAAAAAGGUCCAGCUCAUGUCUGAGCGUCUGUAUGUGUAGGUGCUGGUUACAGGACUUCACGUACACCUCGGUCCAGAUGUGACGGACAAACAUUGUUUUCUAUGGCUGUUUUUAUUUUCCGGUGGUUUAACUGCGAUAUUAAUGAUGUACAUGUCAAAACUGUGGUAACGAUAUCAUUCAGCCUGGAAUAAAUGUUUAAAAAAAAAUUAAAGCAACUUUAACAUA